GUCUCGCUAAAGUCUAAUUUAGCUUUGAGUGGUAAAAGGUGUUUAGGAUAUGAUAUUGGUUAUUGUUAUUUGUAUCGCAUACCGGAUGAUCGAUGUGGUCCACUGAAGGGUGAGGAAAAUGCUGAAAUGCUUCAGCAAUAGUUAAAUGGUGCUGAUUCAUCUGAUGAGGUGCAGUUCAUGAAUACCGAUAAUUCGUGCCAUUCUAGGAUUUUUAGCCACCAGCAUGUAUAAUGUAAUAGUAACAGGUAUGGCUGGAGCAAUUGACUCCUAUUCAAACAAAAUAUGUUCUACAGAAUUUUUGUCACUGGCAUAGUCCAUCAUGCGGAAAACGGAUAUUAAUAAAUUGGAGAAGAAAAUCGUUGUUUGUUUGAGUUCAUCAAAUUGCAAAAGUUUUAGUUACGAUUUGCUAUUAGUUAUUUUCCAUCAUACUGGUUCAGAACAACUGUUAGCCAUUAGUAUUACCAAGAUUAGCAUGAUACCACACCCUUCAACAGCAUUUCCAAUCCUUGAGUUGUCGACAUCUUCUGGGAUUGAGCAACGCACACUGUUCAAAAUAGUGGUGCAAAUUAUUCAAAUGCAAGUUAGGAAGUUCAGCAACAACAAAAUUUCAUACAAGGUUCAGUGGAUGCGGGGGU